AUGGAGGCGAUUUUGCAAACAGCGCUUUUGCUGGGAUCCAAGAACGUACCGCUUGAUGAAUUCUCUGGUCAAAUCGAUGCCACAUGCUUGAUCAACGCCAAGCUGAUCUUGAGCGGUCAACACGACGUCGUUAUUAAGGAACUAUUGAAGGCCGCAGACAUCACGGGAAACUGCGAUUUCAACAGCUCACAAGAGACAUAUGCAGGUUUGAGAGACCGUUUUACGGCUGCUUUCAAGGACCAUCCAAAUCUGGCUCUGGUACUCGCUAUAGCCCUGUUACAGUCAUUUAUUCAGAGUAAUUUCACAGGACCAGGUGCAAUUCAGCCUUCGUCCGAAGUUUUGGCGUGCACGAACGACCAGAAAGACAGUUUACACCGGUUUUCCAUAACGCUUCUCAGCGUUUUGGGCCAAUCCGCGUACAAAUUGUGUGACGACGCCGUUUACUUGGUGAUGGCUUUGAUUCUGCUUGAGCAAAUUUCCCAGCAACCUUCUCUGUUUGGCACAGACUUCCAGGAAACAGCGCUAGUCGAGAUAUCGCCAGCGGAAACGUCUGCACUUGUGGCAUGUGCCCACUGGUGGCGCGCAAGGGCUCUUUUAACGCAGCUGUCGCUUUUAUCUGAGCCCACAGGACCUCACCCUAUGGUCGCUUCUUCAAUUUUCAACAGCAUAGAUCUGGUCUAUGCCAUCUCCAAAGAGCUUCCAUCCCAUUUGAAGUCCACUCUUGAAAAUCAACUAGGCGUGAGCUUUUAUCUGGAGAAUGUUAAAUGCUCUUUGGCCACGAAUACCGAGCACAUGUGUUUACCCGCUUUGGCGAAGGUCCAGAAACUGACACAAUUUCAGUUUGUCUUAACAGGUGCAAGAGCCAAGAGAACCAAAUACCAGAAUGAAUUCCGUUCUGGGCUCAUAAUCUUAGCUCAUUCGCAGCAGGGUGCAAACAAACUAGAUUCUGGUGAUGGAACCUCAAACGAAGCGCCCGAGACGCUCGCGUUAGAGUCGGACCAUUUACUAGAAAAACCGAUCUACCAAUCAAUCGGAAAUGAGCCCUUGGACGAGCAGGUUGUGAAGAGACCAAAAAUAGACCAGGAGUACUCCCUUGACGAAGAAAGACUGCUCCCUAUCGCCAUCAGACAGGAAGACAUUCCGCUUGUCUUGCGCGAACUUGAUCCCAAUGAUCAGCCGGCUCUAUCUGACGACGAUAAUGCGCAACUACUUCUUCGACUACAGGUUAUUCGUCAGACUACACCAGCUCAAAACCCAAUGGUGGAACAGGAGCUGAGUGCCAUUGUGAAUCGCGUUUUGUACCAGUCUGGUAAAAAAAACUGGACUUUGUUUUCCAGAGGCUUGUGGGAGAGAUCGCUUAUCGAGACUACCAAGGCCAAGACAAUUGAAAGAGGUCUUUUACAAAUGCAAUCGUUGGUUGAAGAAUUGGACUUGAGAAUCUCGGCCCGUAUGCUUCCCCAAGAGAGCAGUGGCGAUCGAACUCAAAGCGUCGAGAGAUUAAAAUAUGUGCAUAAGCUGCCAUUCCUUCCGCGUUGGGCAAUGGAUGUCACACUGGCGGAAAAGUACAUGAGUCUUGGCGUUUUGAAGUCAGCAGUGGAGAUCUACGAGAGAUUGUCAAUGGUGUGUGAAGCUGCGUUGUGUUACGCCGCUGUCGGUGACGAAACGACCGCGGAAAAACUUUUGGUCGAGAAUAUCGAAGAAAAUCCUAAUGACGCAAGAGCGUUAUCCAUUUUGGGGGAUAUAAGACAGGAUCCAAGCUUGUGGCAGAAGAGUUGGGAAGUUGGUAAACACGUUAAUGCAAAAAACUCGCUGGCCAAAUACUACUACAACCCACCUUCAUCGUCAGGAUUAACAAAAGAUCCUGUUACAUGUAUCAAGCACUUAAACGACUCUUUGCGCUUGUACCCGCUCUCGUUCGAGACUUGGUACUUUUAUGGGUGUGUGGGUUUGGAAUGUGGUAAGAUGGACCUUGCUGCUGAAGCCUUUACAAGAUGUGUGUCAUUAGACGCUACGCACUCCAUCUCGUGGUCCAACUUAAGUGCUGCAUUCAUUGAGCAAGGUAAGCUGAAGGAAGCUCAUAGCUGCCUCAGCAAAGCGGUAAGUUCCGAUUCGCCUAAUAACUGGAGGAUUUGGGAGAAUUUCAUGCUAGUCUCGAUAAAGCUGAGCAUAUGGUCAGACGUUUUACUCGCAUGCCGUAAGCUUGUGGAUAUACGAAAGGAUAAAGUUGGGGAAUUCUCAAUUGACAUGCCUGUAGUUGAAAAGCUAGUAGAGCUACUAGUUACCUCAGAUUUCCCCACUGACUCUUCCCAACGAUUGACCCAUUUCCAAACUUCUUGCAUGGAGUUUAUUUGCGACACCUUACCCAGGGUGGUAACAACAAAUUCGGAGUGCUGGAAGCUGGUCGCAAAGGUAGAAUUGUGGAGGAAGAGACCAUGGGCAUCUCUAGAAUGCUAUGAGAAGGAAUAUCGAGCCAUGUCGCACAACCCAGAUCUUGAAUUUGACGAAAAAGUGUGGAACACGACAGUGGAGGCGUGUGACGAUUUGGUAUCGGCAUACGAGUCUUUGGGUGAAAUGGAAGGAAAACAUGGACCGGGCAGCGUAGUUUGCAAAGAUUGGAAGUAUAAGGCACGGUCUACUAUAAAGUCAUUGAUGAGUAGAGGCAGAACCAGUUGGGAGGAUUCCGAAGGGUGGGAAAAGUUGGUAGAAUUGAGAAAUAAUCUAUAG